AAAAUGGCCAAUUCUUCUGUUGUAUUAAUCUGUAUACAAAAUCCCGAUUUCAUUAAUAUAACAGUGACCCAUGUUUAUCAAAAUUUUAUACAGUUUGGAACGAUUGAAAAAGUAUUGGAUGAUAAAAUUCAUAGAUACUUAUAUUUGAGAGAAAUAAGCCGAUUUGGAAAGCUUUGGUUUAGUUUGAGAGUGUCCGAUCUGCUUUAAACGCUCUUCAAUUAAAUAAUACAAUAAUGCAUGGACUAUCUAUAUUAGUUUAUGAGUCUAAUCGUAAAGGUCUUGACUUUUAAGCUCGUAAUUAAUAUGCUAGAUGUAUAUUGAUUAUUCUUAUUAAGAGAUUACACUGCCUAACAAAUUUAGGGUAUAGUACAUUCAACAGAAUUACCAAAGACUGAUCCUAUCAACCAAUGGCUUCCUCAUUCUUAAAUGUUACCACCUUAAACUGGGAUGCCACCUAUACCUACUUAAUUUGCUGAAGCUUUGAAUUUCGAUAAAGCUGAUGGAGCAUCUGAUUAUGAUUCUUAAGAAGAAGCAACUGAAGAUAAAUAAGAAGAAUUGUAAAAAUUUUUGUGAAUUAUUUCCUAAAAAGGUCUAAUCAAUUUGUUAAGUGUAUGGGUGACAAUUUAACUUAACUUUUUCAGUUCUCACCAGGAUAACGUAUUUCUACAUCAUAACAAUUACCAAAUAAUGUAUAAGUAGAAAAAUAAAUAUUUUAAUCUGAAAUACUUCCUUAAAGUAAUUACAAUCAUUUCUAUCUAGAAAAACUAAUUACUAAAGUUCUCUAUGCUAAUUGGUUUGAUCCUAAAUAAACAUCUAUGACCAUGAUUUAUAAUAUCUUUAGUACAUUUGGAAAUAUUUAGAAAAUGAUUUACUUUAAAACAAAAUGCAAUGUCUUAAUUGAAUAUUCUACAGAAGUCAGUGUUAAAUUCUUAUUAACCAAUUUUAAUGAAGGCAAUCCUACUCUUUUUGGUUAAAAAUUAAAAGUAAUUUUAUUAUUUAAACCAUAUAGGUGUAUCCUUCUAAUUAUGAAUUUAUUUUCUUUAGAAAUUGUGAGGAAGGCUAAUUACCUAAAAAUACUGAUGAGGAAGAGUUUUAUUUAGGAAAUGAAGCAUCUUUUAGAUAUAAAGAUAAUAAUUUCAAAUAUUUGGUCUCUCCUUCAUAAUAAAUCAUGUUGACAAAUUUGAAAAAAGAAUUUUGCGAAGAAGGAAUUAUUUAUGAUACUUUUUCUAAAUUUGGAUAAAUUGAAAAAAUUAAGUAAAUAAAAUUAUUUUAUUUUUUAGAAUAUUUUGUGAAGAAAAAAACAAAAAUAAAUGUCUAAUCCGUUAUUAAGACUAAGAUUCAGCCAUGUAAGCUAUGGCAAUCAUGCAUAAUCAUGAAUACCACAAAAGGAAAAUCUAGAUUUUUUUUUCUAAAAAUAAAACAUGAAAUAAAACUUGAGUUUUUGUUAUUAAUUAAUGAACUAUUCAAUUUUGAAGAAAACUUUUUCUAAUAAUAUUCAAUCUGAAAAAAGCAAAUUGAGUCUUAUUUAAAAUAUCAUUAGAUUAAAGGAUCUUAUU